AUGUCUGACCGCUGCAUAGUAUACAUAACCCUUACUCCCAAAUCAUCCGAUCUUCUCGAAGAAGUGCGACAAGUGAUGUUAAACACGCGAGAUAUGUUCCUCGGGCUGCAGGGGUCGAUAUCCCACGAUGUGGGCGUAACAGACGGGAAAGUACAUGUCAUCGAAACUUAUGAAUCGGCGGCCGAUGCAGAGCGCUUUGAGAAGAUACCUGAGCACGACGAGAUGAUUCAGCCUGUUCUAGCGCGUUUACAGGCUGCUCUUUUCCGGUGGUCCCUGGCUAUUAUUCUCGCGCAAGGCCAUUGCUUUCUUGACGUCCUCCACGUCGAACUCGGUGAUCUGAAGGGGAGUUGGGUCGCGGCGCAGCAUAGUGGUGGGCAGUGCUGUAUAUAUGCAGGUCGCUAUGCCUGUAUUGCAAUGAAGGUUCCCGAGUAUCUCAAGAAUUUGCGCGAGACCAAGCUCAGUGCGCUCAGGGGUCCUCAGGAGUUCUUUGACGUUCAGCGUAUAUCUCGACCUGCGGAUUUGAACCAGGCCACGUCCCGAAUCUCGUACAACACACGCUACUUCUCCGGGAAUUAUGGAUUCAUCGUUAUAAUUUUGGCCGUCUAUGCGCUUUUGACCAAUAGCUGGCUAUUGAUCAGUCUGGGUUUCUUGAUUGGAGGGUUCAUGGCAAUUAAUAAAUGGGCGCCGGAGCCGAUGCAAGUGGGAGAGCAUGUAGUCACUCAGAAGUCCCUAUAUACUGGAUUGUUCGUUAUUGGCAUUCCCCUUCUGUGGUGGUCCAGCCCCCUCGGCACGUUCUUCUGGCUCGUCGGUUCAAGUGCAGUUCUCAUUCUCGGACACGCCGCAUUGAUGGAGCCUGGCGUCGAGUCCGAGUACGCGAACGUGUCCGAGGUUUAG